AUGGAGUCUUCUAUGGGUGAACAUGGCGCCUUCAAGCCUGCACCGUCGGCGCAGGCUCAGAAGAAACCCGGAUUGGAGAGCAUGAUGGCAGAGGCUAGUGAAUCGACCAAACUGGAAGGCUCCCACGGGUUUUCUGAAUAUGCCGGUUCCGGAAAGCUCAAGGGAAAAAAUGCCCUAAUCACUGGCGGAGAUUCUGGUAUUGGACGAUCUGUUGCUAUUCUGAUGGCCAGAGAGGGUGCGGAUGUUACUAUUGUUUAUUUGCCCUCGGAACAGCCAGACGCAGAGGCAACCAAAAAGUCUGUUGAACAAGAGAAGCGGACUUGCCUUCUUAUUCCAGCCGAUUUGAGAGAUCGCAACUUGUGUUGGCAUGCAGUGAAUGAACAUGUGAAGAAAUACGGCACCGUCAAUAUACUUGUCAACAAUGCGUCGAAACAGUACCUAUGUACGACAUUUGAGGACAUUGAUCUGGAUAAGACAGAAGACAUAUUCAGAGCCAAUAUCAUCCAGAUGAUUGCAAUAGCGAAGUUUGCUCUUCCUCAUAUGACCCGAGGAGAUUCAAUUAUCAAUACUUCUUCUGUUGUGACUUUCCGUGGGUCUGGGACCAUGAUUGAUUAUGCUGCAACGAAGGGAGCUAUCAUUGGUUUUACUAGGGCUUUAGCAACAUACUUGAUUCCCAAGGGUAUUCGGGUCAAUGCAGUCGCCCCAGGUGCGAUCUAUACCCCAAUUCAAGUCGACACCCGAGAUGCCCAACAGAUGGAAGGAUGGGGUCACAAAGCUGGUCUUGGCCGACCAGGCGAGCCGAGUGAGGUUGCGACAAGCUUCGUCUUCUUGGCUAGUGCGGAUGCUUCUCUAUACUAUGGGCAAGUACUGCACUGCUACCCGCUUGGUGACUAG